UAUCAAGGUUAGUUAGUACAGUAAACUGUCAACUCCAAAGUAAAUAAUAACAAUACAAAUAAGUGUUUACACUAAUUCAUCAAUGCAUCACUGCUUUAUGACAAACCCAAACUUCUAAAAUGUCUUGUUCUACAAAUUCUCUAAUGGAUGUCAAAAUAGUUCUUUCCGAUAAUAAUGCUGUUAAAGAAGAACAGUGUAAUCUACCCAAUGUUCUUGAGGAACCCAGUGUAAACAAUCAGCCCAAGAUUGAGAUCAAUGAUAGAUUGGUCAGUAAUGGAAACAACAUCACAGCACCUUGUGAUAUCAGCAAGAUAGAAAAUGAGUUGAAAAAUGAACCGAAAAGAAAACCGAGUAAAAAAACUGCUAGUGGGUGUUCAAAUUUAGACAAAAAACAUGGAAAGAAAUCAAAACAUAAAAAGUAUGAAAAGCCAAGUGAUCAGAUUGUAAAACUUUAUCCUUGUACAUCUUGUCCCAAAGUAUUUCAACGACCGUCUAGUUUUAAAGCUCACCAGCGCACACACAAUCCUUUGACUGCAAGACCAUUCUCUUGUAUGGAUUGCAAGAACACAUUUAUCUACCGGUGCCAGCUGAGAGAUCACAUUCGAACACACACUGGAGAGCGGCCAUUCAAAUGUCACAGUUGCAGCAAGAGCUUCGCCCGCAAGCCAUGUCUGGUUGCCCACAUGGUCACUCACUCCGACACACAACCGUUCCAAUGCGACGUGUGCUGCAAGCGGUUUGGACGUAAGUACAACCUGGCCAAGCACAUGCAGUCACACUCGGGUGAGCGACCGUUUGGGUGUCUCAGCUGUUCUCGUCGCUUCAAGUGCAAACAAUCACUGGACAAACACCAUCGCAUCCACGAGCUCAACAUCUACUCUUGCGCCGUUUGUCACAUGAGUUUCGAUACCAAACGACAUCUUACGCAGCACAAGAUCAACGAACACGUCAGCUAUAGACCUUUCACAUGUCAGAUUUGUCAGAAACCGUUCAUAUUUAAAUCACAACUGACGUAUCACAUUAAGGAACACAAUCUAGAAAGACCUUAUUCCUGCCGUAAGUGCAACAAGUCUUAUUUUAAGAAGGGGCAUCUUUUGUCUCAUAUUAAACAGUAUUGCGGUGAUUAUGAGUCUGAAUCUCAAAUCAAAAUGGAAUUGUCCUAAGCAUAGGUCAGAUCUUUUUUUUUAGUUUGCAUUACAAUAAUUAUGUUUUAAAAACUUUUAUUUGAGAUCAAGUUGUUUGACAACACCUUUUUAUAUAGAUUUAGCAAAAAUCACAGUAAAACAUGUGACUUUUAUGAAGAUUAUUCCUGGAUCAUUUGGAAUUCUAUCAAGGCAACGCUAAAUUAACAGGCCGCAAUGCUCCUCUGAUAUGAUGUCAUCACAGGCAAUGCGACGGCAAUGCCUUAAUGUUUUUUUUUUUUAGUUAUUUUUGUUUUCCAAGAAAAUAUUAAUACUAUCAGCUGAUCACAAACGGCAAACAUUGCGUCAUUGCCGUCACCUUUGAUGACAUCACGCCAGAAGAGCAAUAAGGCCUGUUUAUUUAGUGUUGCCUUGCUUCUAUCUUAGGUUUAGUUAAUUAACUCCAAAGAUAAAGUUUUGUAAAGCUGAAAUUAAAUUUUAUCACUCAUUUUAAUUUGUGGAUGUUUAUUUUUUAUGUGUAUUUAAAUUAUUAUUGUUAAGAUAACUGUUAGUUACAUUUUUAAUAAACAUGUGAGAUCAGUAACCUAACAUUUAGAACUAUGCACAUUAAUGGAACAUGACAAGCAAAUGUAGAUAUGUAAAAUGGACUUUAUUAUACCGGGUGCUGAAAAAAGGUUGGACAUAAUUUGCGUGAUAUCUUGGGUCAAAGAGAAAACCAAGAAUAAAACUAAUUACUACAUAACUUUGCUAACCAGAUAUCUGCCAUUUUGUAUUUUUUAAAUAAACCUUUUUAUAUUUGGACCGUUUCAACUGAUCUCUAUGAAAUUUUGUAUGUAAGGUAGAAGACCAAUGUAAAAAAGUUACCUUAAUCAAAUUCAAAAUAGCGGUCAUUUUAAUUUUUUAAAUUUAAAACUACAUACUAAAAUAUGGUUGAUUUGAUGAAGAAAUGUCAAGAAUACUACUUGUAUUUAGCAUUCAAAAUUUUCUAUCAAACGACUUCAAUUUCAAAGACAUUGAAUAAACAAUAACUGAAAUAUCACAAUUUUUAAUUGCAGCAUGAGGGCAAACCCGACUAGCUUAGCCUUAGGCCAGCCGCACACUGAUGCGACAUAGACUUCAGAUGCGUUGUUUUGUCUGAAGACGUUUUUGGGUGUUUUUGUGAUCGACUCAAUAUUUCGUCUGAAGCCAAAACGCGGUCAGACAAACAGUUCUGCGCGUGCGCGGAGGGCGGAUACAGUACAACUUAUCUAUAUAUUGUAAUAAUUUUUCUUACAGUUAGUAGUAGUUCAUUUUGGAUUCAUGCAGGAAAUAAUAAAACAAUAUUUUAAUUUUAAAUAUUUCAACUUAUCUAUAUACUGUGAUAAUUUUUCUUACAGUUAGUAGUUGUUCAUUUUCGAGUUAUGCAGCAAAUAAUAAAAAUGUUAUUUAAAUUUCAAAUAUUUCAGUUAAUACCUUACUUUUUAAUAAUUUUAUUUACGGUUAGUAGUCGUUCAUUUUAGAUUUAUGCAAAAAAUACAUAAAAUUUAUGCUCCCUUCCUUCGUUUAUUUCUGCAAGUUGUUUAAAGUUCCACAACAUAAUUGCUACGUCCACUUCCUCAUCCAUUUUAUUAUCACCACACAAUCUCUGGCUUUUCACAACACUGGUCUACGGCUGACUGAAUUUAGUUUUCCCUCCUGUUUUUGUCUUUUGUCUGAGACCACCGCACAAAAAUGCGAAAUUUUUGUUUUCCGACAAGACAUCUUCCGAGAAAACGAUUUGUCAAAAGACGGUUUGUCUGAUCAGUGUGCGGCCGGCCUUAUUCUACCCCAUUUUAAUCCCAGCUGUAGCCAGUUUUUAAUUCAAAAUGAACUAAGUUGAAUGAGUCACUUGUAGCUAUAGUCUAAUGUUCUAUCUUUUCACUUAGUUUUUGUUAACCUACAGAGUGGCCAAAAAGUCCCAUUACACAAUAUUGUAACAUGUAGAAUGAAGCCUCACUCUCCCUUCCCUACCAAUUGAAUUCAUCUUUAGUGUAAAGGGACAUUUCGGCCACCCUGUACUGUGAUGUAGACAUGUUGCAGUUUACAAUAAUUUGUACUUUUACUUUUUCUUGGUUCAAAAGUUGGCUUAUUUUACAGAAAUCACCAAUUUAUAUCAGUGCCUUUUGUCAGUGGCCCUAUUCAAACCAUGUUAAUUGUUAUUCUUAACCUUGCUACAGAUUUAACAUGCGAAUUGAAGUUCUAGCUCUAUCAAUAGUCAAAGGUAUAAAAGGGAUUGAAUUUAAAUAGUCUAUUAAAAACCCUACCCUGUUUGAUAAAUUCCGGCAUUUUGCUUGAAAAUUCAUGAUCUAAGUUUUUCACAGAGUAGAAACUAUACUAGACAGUGUUUUUUUGCCUUAGUGACCUGAUUUAUAGAAUAAGUGCCAUACAAAUUUUUUAGAGAUUAAGUUUUAUCUUUUGACUGACUACCCAAAAAAUAUUAGAUCAUGAAUAUUUUCACCAAGGUUCUUAGCAACCAGCACUGUCCGUUUAUUUGACAAGAAUUAAGGUUCAUAUUUGACAAAGGCUAAUUAUUAUUAAUGAUAGAUUAAAUUCCAAAAUAAUGCCCAUUCUACACGAGUGUGAAAACUGCGACGGAAUUCCCAGGUGAAUGCGCCAAAAUUUUGUGCAAACUACAUAUGGUGGAAUCCCCAUCGCGUGGAGUCUGCUUGAAACCCGUUGAACCAUUCUACACAAGGUGGUUCAGACACGGGAUGGAUCUGCUCGGGCCCCCAAAUGAUGACAGCACCCGGCAUUUUGGCCCUGAAUGUAAUUUGGGCAUUGUUAAACAAUGUGAUAUGGUAUUUUUUUUAAAUGUUAGUAUCCAAUUAUGUACUCUAUGUAUACCUUUACAAAGCUAUGUACAAUAUUUAUUGUAAAUUAUAAUAAAAUAAUAUCAGUAGUAACAACUGACACCCAAUCUCAUUUUCAGUAUAUGCAUCUCACAUUUUGUAAAUAUAUUUUUUUUCAGCACCAGACAAUGAUAUUUUUAAAGGUCUCACAAUUUAGUGCAAUUGUAAGAGAGUGUGAAUGAUAGGAGUUUUAAAAUACAAGUAUUACUUAGAUUAUUUUGUUCUGUGAUGUGUACACUUUUAAGAUUUAUAUAAAGGCUAUGCAUGUAAUUAUAAAAAUAAAGACUACUUACAUUUUACAAAUACUGUGUCCAUAAUUUUGCCAUAUCAAAAUAAGUUAAAGAAUUGUUAUUAAAAAAUAUUUGCCUUAUUUUUGUUAUUAUAUGUUAAGCAGGUGUUUGACCACGGUAUCUACGGUAUGGUCCACAAGAGUCUGCAGUUGAGGAGGAGCCUAUUUAUCACAUGAUUUUGAAGGAGCCAAUGAGGACAAUGGACAAUGAAGUGUUGCCAAAUCUAAUAAUACCAACUGAUUAGAAAAUACUGUUAAGUAUAUUUUAAUUAGUGUCAAAAAUUAGUGAAAGGGCGAUGUCGCAACGUCACGCUAGUCCAGUCAUGCUAUUGGCUGCCACCAACUGCAGACUCUUGUGGCCCCUAGGACAGUCAUACACUAAUUCAUCGCAAGUAAAGAAAAAAAAAAUAAAGAAAAUGUUAUGAUAUACAGUAUAUUAUAAUGCCAAA